AUAGCAUCUCAUUAGUGUGCAAAAUCUUGAGAAUCAGCUGUACAUGUGAUGGAAGAGUGCACUGUGCAUGCAGAGGGUUACAACUCCAUUGAAUUGGGGUUAGUUUAACCAAAAUAUGCCACAAGACCUAGAAUUGCCUUAUGUGUAUCCCACAAAAAAAAGGUUCACUGUUAGCUGAACUUUUUUUUGUUAAUGAAUUUAAGCAAAAUUCCCAGAAUUCCAGGGCUUAAAUUCCCACGGAAAUUUACCGAAAAGUUUCCGACCCUUUGCAACCCUAGUCUCGACUAUAUUUCCUGUUAAUUUUGCAACUCAUUUCAUGUAUGUUUUCAUGGGAAAACAAGGACAUUUUUUAAGUGACCCCAGCCUUUUGAAUGGAAGUGUACAUACGUUCCCAAUAUACCUGCCACCCAACAGUCUCCACCCAACCCCCAACAGUCUCCACCCAACCCCCAACAGUCUCCACCCAACCCCCAACAGUCUCCACCCAACCCCCAACAGUCUCCACCCAACCCCCAACAGUCUCCACCCAACCCCCAACAGUCUCCACCCAACCGUCUUCACCCUGCCGAAGAGCACACCGCACAGGCAGCAAUGUCUUCUGGUAAAGCAGACCGCUAUCUCACCCAGCCACGAGACUCCAAUACCCUCACCCAGCCACGAGACUCCAAUACCCUCACCCAGCCACGAGACUCCAAUACCCUCACCCAGCCACGAGACUCCAAUACCCUCACCCAGCCACGAGACUCCAAUACCCUCACCCAGCCACGAGACUCCAAUACCCUCACCCAGCCACGAGACUCCAAUACCCUCACCCAGCCACGAGACUCCAAUACCCUCACCCAGCCACGAGACUCCAAUACCCUCAUCCAGACAUGCAGCUCCAACAUCCAGAAGAUCACACAGAACACUGCCCAGAUAAAGAGCAUGGUGAAUCAGCUGGGGACGGGACAAGACACCAGCGAACUGAGGGACAGUCUGCAGCAGAUACAGCACUUUACCAACCUGCUUGCCAAGGAGACCAACAAGCACCUGAAAGACCUGGGCUCCGUCUCACCAUCUUCAGCACCGUCAGAGCAGAGGCAACAGAAGAUCCAGAAAGACCGACUGAUGAAUGAUUUCUCCGCUGCCCUCAACAACUUCCAGGUCAUCCAGCGCCAGGCAGCACAGAAGGAGAAGGAGUCUGUGGCCAGAGCCCGAGCUGGUUCCCGUCUCUCAGCUGAAGAUGGUGCCUCUGAGGAACAGCUUGUGUCUUUUGAUAACCAAGAUGAUUGGGCUCAGACAACCACACAGACGACAGAGGAGGCCAUAACAGAAGAGGACUUGGUGCUUAUCAAGGAGAGAGAGACUAACAUCAGACAGCUAGAAUCAGACAUCUUGGAUGUGAACCAGAUCUUCAAGGACCUGGCAGUGAUGAUUCAUGAUCAGGGAGAGGUGAUUGACAGCAUAGAGGCCAACGUGGAGAGUGCUGAGGUCCACGUAGACCGAGGGACAGAACAGCUUCAGAGAGCCGCCUACUUCCAGCAAAAGUCCCGUAAGAAGAUGUGCAUCUUGGCCGUGGUCCUGUCCAUAGUACUGACCGUACUGGGCAUCAUCAUCUGGCAAGCCACCCAAUGAGAAGAGAGACCGCACCCAACCUUCCUCUGUCACUUCUUUAUUUGUCACUGUUGGCAGGGUCAGAGGUCAGAGGUCAGGGGAGUGUAUCAGUGGCAAAGGGAUGGGUCUGGGAUGUAACCUUACCUGUUAACUGACACCCCCCCCCCCCCCCCCCCCUCCUGAGCUCAAGGCCUCCAGCUAACCUCCUCUCUGAGACAACGCAGUAGUAUUUCUAUUCAAAUGAAGGAGAGUAUUGAAGUAAGUUUGGAGCGUGGAUUAAUAAAAAGAGACUAUCUGUUUGUGAUAUUUCUGCACUAACAUGAACAUUCAUUGUAUUUACAAAAGCAGAAUAAUUGUUGUUAUUGUAGGGGUGUCAAUGAUGUUUGUAACCUGUACAUUUCUGGCACCUUUUGUGUGUUAACAGUUUAGUGUCACACUCCAUUCAAGUUAUAGGAGAGGUUUCCCCCAACACAAUAAACCUCUUCCAUGACUAAAAUACAUUUUUCAAUGGAGGUUCUCCAUUGAGCUUGUUUUGUUGUUGUCCAGGACUAGCCUUAAUCUGUGUUGAGGAAACCACACCAUAGUCCUUAUAUUGCUUAGGUGAGAUGAAGUUCUGAUAGCAACUUUGUUUUAUCCAACUGUAUACAUGACGAUAAUAAAAAAACUAUGGUUGUAAUAAAUACAUUUAACAACACUGUUG